AUGAAGAUGCUUCUGCUACAACUCCUUUUCCUGGUAGUAUUUCUACCGCACCCCCUUGUCGCAACGGCGUUAGUCGACUCUUGCACUGUUAAUGGGCACGAUCUCUCACUCAUACCCGGAGCUGAACUGGGCGCGGAGGAAGAGAAUGCGGACGGGGGCGGCACUGGAAUAAACUACACGUGGUCGAUUCUUGUCUGCCAGAAUAGAGAUGGCUACGUGAAAAAGUCCCUGGCAACGGUGCAGGAAAAGAUGACUCUAUCUUCUGUCACUGUGGAGGGCGAUGAUCUUCUGCUGAGGUUCGAUGGAGAUGGGGUGGGAAGUUCCCUCAUGGAUUUGACUCUUGGUUGCGGGGGUUCUGCGGGAUUGACGUGGCCCGAAGAUAAGUAUACAGUGAAGAGGGUCGGUACUGCUCUCCGAAGCAAAUAUACUGCAAAGGUGCUCACAAGUGUUGUGUGCACAGCCGCCAAGUCAUCUGGCGGCUGCGGUAGUGGCUGCGCCUUUGUCGUGAUUUUUUUCGUUGGCCUUGUGGUUUACAUCCUUGCCACUGUCCUGUGGUACUACCUGCGGAACGGUAAGCGGGGUGUGGACCUCAUCCCACACCGCGAGUUCUGGGCGGAUUUUCCAUACCUUUUGAAGGACGGCGCAUUGUACGCCUACAGCAAGAUCGCUGGCUGCUUUGGCGGCGGUACUCGUGUGGCAACAUAUGAGGAGAUUUACUAG